AUGAUCCUGGUGAUUAACCAGCCAACCAAACCAACACCAGUUAAUAGUAAGUUGGAACUAUCAACAGUUCCACAAGCCUCUCAGGAUCCUAUAACUGCAAUCCAACCAUACUCUCGAGAUCUACUCAUGACAAAUCAAAUCAAACCUCAACUCAAAACCUGGAAAAGAGCUGCAAAUGGACUUUCACGUGGGCCCGGGGCUUCUGAGGUCUCUUUGAGAAAAAACGGGAUUCUUGAUGGGUCGAGUGGCGGUGGAGUAUCCGAGAUGGAAUUUGCGGAUCUGUUCAAGAUGACUGUCGAACCCAUGUGGUUGAAAAAAGCAGGAAUGCCGAGAAUGAGGUCGGCGCUUUCCCCUUCUCCUGUCUUGUGGUGGGUCUGGACGGAUAGGUCCUUCGGCGGGGGCGGCCCUUGGUCCCGGCAGGGGUGCUUGAUACGUUUGCGCCAGUCCAAGCACAACAAGAAACAU